ACUAUUACAUCCUAUUUGCUUCCACGCCUAUUACCCUUUUCGACAGAAGAACCCUACAUUCCGAGUUACAUGGACACCACGAAUGGACCUGAGCCGUGCGUAGUUUGUGGUGACAAUGCCACCGGUUUCCACUACCGUGCAAUGACUUGCGAAGGCUGCAAAGGAUUUUUCCGCCGUUCCGUGCAGAAGAAACUCGAAUACACUUGCAAAUUCAACGGCAACUGUUCUGUGGGAGAUAAGCAGAACCGGAACAGUUGUCAGAAGUGCCGAUUUGAACGCUGCUUAAAGGGUGGAAUGGCAAUGGAUUGUAAAAGUGGUCUUCUGUAG